AUGUCAGCUUAUUCAGAAACCAAAUUUGAAACUCAACAUUACCAUGAUUCAAGACCACAAUAUUCAGAUGAAUUUUAUGACGAAUUAAUGAAAUAUCAUAAAGGAAACAGAGACAUUGCGAUCGAUCUAGGAUGUGGAACAGGUUUUGUAACGUUUAAAUUAACAAAAUAUUUCAAUAAUGUAAUUGGAACUGACCCUUCAACAUCAAUGAUUGCGCAAUGCAACAAAUCGAACAAAAAUACAAAAGUCAAAUUUUUGAUUGGUACGGCAGAAUCACAACCAAGUGAAAUAGAACCAAACUCAAUUGAUUUAAUUACAGCUGGUGAAUCUGCUCAUUGGUUUGACCACCCAAGGUUCUUUAAAGAGUGUCAUCGUGUUUUGAAAUCAAACAGUACUUUAGUUUAUUGGUUAUAUAAAGAUCCAAUAUUCAUAGGUUAUCCUAAGGCUAAUGAAAUUUAUACAAAUUAUACUUAUAAUUCAAAAAUAGAAGAUGGUUAUGAGAAAUAUAUGGGUCCAUAUUAUCAACAGCCAGGUCAUGACUACUUAAGAACUUUGAUGAGAGAGAUUGAACCACCAAAUAAUUUAUUCACGGAUGUGAUCCGAAAUGAGUACUUGGUAGAUAGAGAUGGUAUUGAAGGUGACAAAUAUACUAAGUUAUUCAUUAAGAAGACUAUUGAUAUGGUUUGGUUUUUAAAUUAUGUCAAGAGUUGGAGUGCUUAUCAUUCUUGGAUGGUUGAACAUGGUUCUAAAUAUGACAUAGCAGAAAAAUUCGUAUAUGAAUUAAAGACUGAAAUGAAAUGGGAUGAUGAUACUAAAAUUGAUGUAAUCUGGGAUACAAAAUAUGUAUUUGCUAGAACCAAAUAA